CUCGCACCCAAGGAUGCAUGCAGUCGUUCUUUGCUUUGCCUGCCUGCCGUAUGAUACAAAACUGUCCACCAUACUACAUAGACCACGCCCUGAUCUCCGCCGCGUCCCCAUAAUAUUUCCCCCAACUUGCGCUGCAGCAGCAAGCAAGCAGCCAUAAACUUUUCUCCAUGACGCCGAGCGGAAAGCCUGCCGCAACCGCCGCCACCGCAACCACCACCACCACACCCACCCCCGCUGCCGCCGCAAUGCCUCCUCCACACAUAACUACGUCCACCGCCGCGAAGGGGAUUCCCGGAUCCGCCACGUCAACGGCAAAUGCUAGCGAGAACCAGAGCGCCGAUGAACUCGUGCUCGAGAAUAGGGCUGAGGAGAGCCGUAGUCCUUAUGUUCGAGCGCACGCCGGAAACCCGGUCCACUGGCAGCUGUGGUCGCCCGAGACGCUGGCGCUGGCAAAGAAACACAACCGCGUGCUGUUCGUGAGCAUUGGUUAUUCGGCGUGUCACUGGUGCCAUGUCAUGGAACGCGAGAGCUUCGAGAACGAAGAUAUCGCGAAGCUCUUGAACGAGAACUUUGUGCCUAUAAAAAUCGAUAGGGAGGAGCGGCCUGAUAUCGACCGGAUAUACAUGAACUUUGUCGAGGCGACUACAGGUUCGGGUGGCUGGCCUCUAAACGUGUUCCUGACCCCCGAUCUCAAGCCCGUGUUCGGCGGUACCUACUGGCCCGGGCCAAACUCAAGCAAAGGCCAGAUUGGAUUCGAGGAGGUCCUGGAGAAGAUCGUCCAGACAUGGAAGGAGCAGCCCACAAAGUUCUUGGCCUCGGCGGAGGAAAUAUUACAGCGCCUUAAAGAAUUCACGGACGAGGGAUUGAAGGGUGCCGGCGAGGGGUCGGAGGAAACGCUCGAGCUCGAUCUGCUCGAAGAGGCUUAUCAGCAGUUCAAUACCAGAUAUGACCCGGUGCAUGGCGGGUUUGGACUUCCUCCCAAGUUUCCGGUGCCCGUCAAGUUGGCAUUCUUGCUGCGGCUGGGUGCAUUCCCAACGCUGAUCAAGGAUAUCAUCGGUGAGCGAGAGUGCGAGAAUGCAAAACAGAUGGUCGUCACAACGCUGAAGAAUAUGGCCCUUGGUGGCAUUCACGAUCAGAUCGGACACGGGUUCGCUCGCUACUCCGUCACUGCCGACUGGAGCCUGCCUCAUUUCGAGAAGAUGCUCUACGACAAUGCUCAACUGUUGGGCGUAUAUCUCGACGCCUGGCUGGUCACCGAUGACGAGCUGCUGUUGGAAACUGCGAUCCAAACCGCUGACUAUCUGUGCGACGGCGCACUGUCAAACCCUGCGGGGGCAUUCUUCUCGUCCGAAGGCGCGGACUCGCUAUACCGGAGUACAGAUACAGAAAAGCGAGAGGGUGCAUUUUACGUCUGGACGAGGCGAGAGUUCGAUGUGAUCCUCGAUGCUCAAGAGUCGUCCGUUUGCGCUCGGUACUGGAGUGUCCACCGAGGUGGAAACGUCGAUCCGGAAGAUGACGCCCACGACGAAUUCAUCCACCAAAAUGUGCUAGCCGUGGUCACGACAAUCGAACAGCUCAGCCAAACCUUUGGGCUGGAGGUGGACCAGAUCGAGGCCAUCAUCAAGGCCGGACGAAAGAAGCUCCUCGAGCACAGAAACAAGGAGCGACCACGGCCCAACCUGGAUGACAAGAUCGUAACCAGCUGGAACGGAUUGGCCAUCGCCUCGCUUUCUAGGGCUGCGGCGAUUCUCGGGGCAUCCCAUCCGAAUGAGACAAGGAGGUGGCUGGAAUACGCCGAGAAAGCGGCCGCAUUCAUCAAGACGAACCUGUACGACGAGGAAACGGGCCUCCUGAAGCGUGUUUUCCGCGAGGGACCAGGCGACACGCCGGGUUUUGCGGAUGACUACGCAUACUUGGUUUACGGCCUGAUUUCGCUGUACGAGGCGACAUUUGAUGCGAGCUACUUGAAGUGGGCCAAUGAUCUCCAGAAGACCCAGCUCGAUAUCUUCUGGGACAAGGAGAACGGCGGAUUCUUCGCCACGGCAGAAAUCAACGACGGCCUGAUCCUCCGUCUCAAGGAUGGUCUCGACUCCCAGGAACCCUCCACCAACGGCGUCUCAGCAAACAACCUCUUCCGCCUCGGCUCCAUUCUGAACAUCCCAUCGUACGCCGACCACGCACGAAAAACGUGCACCGCCUUCUCCGCCGAGAUCCUCGAGCACCCGUCCAUGUUCUCGUCUCUGAUGGCGUCGAUCGUCGCGUCGAACCUGGGCAUGCGCUCUAUCGUCCUCGCGGACACACACGAAGACGGCACGGAAAUCAGGGAGCAGCUGGCCAAGAUCCGCUCCCGCCUGCUGACAAACACCACGGUCGUCCGGUUGCAUCCGGGGCUCGAGAAGGAGCCCAGCGGAAAGUGGCUACUCGAUAGGAAUCCACUGUACAGAGCUACGCUGGAAGGAUUGGCCGCAAAGAAGAAGAACAGCGCCGGAUCGUGCGUCCAGGUCUGUGAGGGCGGGAAGUGUCUCGCCACGUUCGAUAUGAGUGGCCUGGAUCGGGCGCUCGAGGACCUGGGUUAGAUAUGUAGGCGUAUAAGAAGUAUGUACGCGGACUUUGUACGUUUUUAUUUUAUUUUAUUUUAUAAGUUAUGUUAGGUAUGUAGGUCUAGAAGUGGUGGUGAAAAACGCGAUUAUGGAUUGAAUGGUGUGUACGUACGUCGAUGUACUCCUUAUUGUGUUUCGGGCUGGUGGUACUGUAAGUACGUACGACUACCGCGAGAAUAUAUCGCUCGAGCUCGAUAAAGACUUGUCAC